CCGGGGUUCGUCGUUAUUAGUGACGUUUCUGUUCCGCAGUAAGAAGAAGUGAGAGCGAUGGCUGCCGGUGGAGUUAAUUUAGAAAAAGUAAGCCUUCCGAAGACGUCUUGAAGUAGAUUCGUUCAGAACAUAUAAAGUUGCCUUAUAUGUUGCUGUGGUGUAUCAACAUGUUUAGAGUACAGCCAGCGAACAACGAGUUCCACAAUAUAGGCAAGCUUUUACAGAAUGGGACUGCUGCCAACUCCAACUACAAUGGAAUGGACCCCCUCCAUGCAUGUAAAAUUCUCCAGCAGCUUAAAUCUUUGUAUGACGAAGGGCAGCUGACGGAUAUUGUGGUGGAAGUGGAUCAUGGAAAAACAUUCUCCUGUCACAGAAAUGUCCUUGCAGCAAUUAGUCCUUAUUUCAGGUCUAUGUUCACCAGUGGCCUUACUGAAAGCACCCAGAGAAAAAUUAAGAUUCUUGGAAUUGAGUCAGAAUCAAUGCAUCUUGUACUAGAAUAUGCAUAUACCUCCAAGGUCACACUGUCGGAGUCAAACGUCCAGGCUCUGUUCACUGCAGCUAGCAUCUUCCAUAUACCAUCCCUGCAGGACCAGUGUGCCCUGUUCAUGAUCAGCCGUUUGGACCCUCAGAACUGCAUUGGGGUCUUCAUGUUUGCAGAUGCUUAUGGACAUCAGGAGCUCAAAGAGAAAUCUCAAGAUUACAUCCGCAAAAAGUUUCUCUGUGUUGUGAACGAGCAAGAGUUCCUCCACAUGACCAAGGAACAGCUCGUAAGCGUCCUUGACAAUGAUGAUCUGAAUGUGGAGAAAGAGGAGCAUGUCUACAACAGCAUCAUUAAGUGGCUGGAACAUGACAGAGACAGAAGGGAGGCGGAUCUUGCAGAAGUGUUUGCCAAAUGCAUUCGGCUACCUCUACUGGAAGACUCUUUUUUAAAGAAAAUUCCCCCUGUAUUUGCACAGGCUUUGGAAAAAGAGUGGGCAGAUAAAGGGAAGUUUAACGGUACCAACGGCUGCCCGCUGAGGCUGGGAAUGACAGCCUUGGAAAUGAUCAUAUGUUUUGAUGCAGCUCAUAAACACUCAGGAAAGAAACAAACAGUGCCUUGUCUGGACACCAUUGCAGGGAAGGUGUUCAAGCUAUGCAAGCCACCUAAUGAUCUGAGAGAGGUGGGGCUAUUGGUGUCAUCGGAAAAUGACAUUUACAUCGCAGGGGGUUACAGGCCAAGCAAUAGUGAGGUCUCUAUUGACCAUAAAGCAGAAAGUGAUUUCUGGAUGUACGAGCAUUCAGGAAACCGAUGGAUACCCAAGUCUCCCAUGCUGAGGGCACGGAUAGGAUGCAGGUUGGUUCACUGCUGUGGCAAGCUUUAUGCACUGGGGGGGCGCGUCUAUGAAGGAGACGGACGCAAUGCACUCAAAUCUGUGGAGUGCUAUGAUUCCAGAGACAACUGCUGGACCUCUGUUAGCGCAAUGCCUGUUGCCAUGGAGUUUCAUAGUGCAGUUGAAUACAAGGACAAGAUCUUUGUUUUGCAAGGAGAAUACUUCUUCUGCUAUGAUCCUCGCAAGGAUUACUGGGGCCACCUAACUCCAAUGCGUAUCCCUAGAAGUCAAGGACUGGGGGUGGUAUACAAGAACUGCAUCUACUACAUUGCUGGUAUCUGUAAAAAUCAUCAGCGUACCUUUGUAGUUGAAACCUAUGACAUUGAAAGGAAUAUGUGGAUUCGGAAGAAGGAUCUUCCAUUUGACCAAGCUACCAGCCCUUACAUUAAAGUCUUGCUUCUCCACGGCAAGUUGCAUUUGUUUGUGAGGGCUACCCAGGUCACUGUGGAGGAGCAUGUCUUUCGAACCAGCCGGAAAAAUUCGUUGUACCAGUACAAUGAGAAGACAGACCAGUGGAUUAAGAUGUAUGAAACACCUGACCGCCUUUGGGAUCUUGGCCGCCAUUUUGAAUGUGUUGUUGCCAAACUGUAUCCACAGUGUCUUCAGAAAGUUCUGUGAGAGCAGCAGGGGGAUCUCUGUGUAUGUUGUCUGUGAGGGAUGUGUGGUUUUGCGAGUUUGUGUGUGCCUGGUACUGUCAGUAUUUGCAAUCUGACGAGUCUGUAGUCUUAAGCAUUAAGGAUUCAAAGUCAAGAAUGAUGGGUGCUCUUAAAGCUUGCAGUAUUUUAAUUAAUCCAGUCACUACUAAGUACUUUGACCAGUGUUUCACACUGGUGCAAGGAUUCAUAAGUGCAAUUAUCAUCUUGUCUGCUAUGUGUGUUGAGCCAUUUUAUUAAGUAGCAUUUUAAGAGGCUACGAUUUGUCACUCGGUUAACAUGCAGCUAUGCAGGAGGAACAUCAACAUGGUGAAAUGUCAAGUAUACGGGUAUGAGCAGCUCCGCUGGUCAUUGGUGACGUUUGGUGGUUGUUUUUGACCAUACACGUUAGUUUGGUAUGUCUCUUAAAAUGACCUUGUCUUGACUGUUUUGUUAAUUUUACGUUUAAAAAAAUAUUCUAUUUGCUGGCAGAAAUUGCUGACAUGUGCAGGAUAUUCACAAGAGGCUUCUGUAAUUCUUCUGGGUUUAAUGGCACAAAUUUAUAUUAAAUACAUUUGAAUAUUGCAUUUCAUGCAUUUAAAUUUAGGUAGGGAUGAGCUGGGGGUGUGUCUUAGAAAUCAGUGCAUGUAAUAUGGAAUUGACUUUCGUGUCUGAAGCAAUUUGCUUUGCAGUUCUUACAGUUCUGUUCAGUGUUUGGUGUUUAUGCUCAGACAUGUAGGCUAUGUGCUGUAUUUUGUGAAAUCAAACUGAGAGCGUGCACACAUGCCCCCUAAUAAAAUCUGUUUGGUACUGUGAUUGACAUCUGCUGUCUUCUCUAUGCAGUGUAGGGGUUACUUAAGGCUGAAGCAUUUUCCCUUAUCCAGCCAACUUAAAAACUGUUUAGGUGUGUUACCACUUUUAUUCCUGCACAUAAAGUGAUGAUCAAUCUGAAUACCGUGAAGAAUCUCUGAGAGACUUAAUUUCAUCGAGUACUAGAGUUUGGCCAUCUGUGUGCUGUGGGUUUUACAAUGUAGUUGGUCUUCUCUGUGAGAGGAGUGGUUAACGUUUCCUAAAAUAUUUGGCUUGAAAUUGUAAUGGCGGCAAAAACGUUUUUUUUAGCACAUUUAACCUAGCAUUUAGAUUCUUCCAGUCAUGAUGUUUCUUUAUUUUUUUUUUGAAGUUCUUGGACUCUUGGAGGCAUUUUAAAGGCUUAAAAAACUGAAGGAUGAGUUUGUAGUGGCAAUAAUACAAAUUCAUUAAGGUGUAGCGUUAACGUGGUAAAGAGCAUUAUUUCUGAUAGUGGUUGCAGAUUUUUUUUUUUAAAUUGACUGUUGUAUUGUCAAAGGCAGUCUGUUGUAAAUUCUCUACUAAACUUUGAUACUUGGUAUUAUUUUAUGCAUGUUAGAAAAUCAUUGUGCCUACUGAUAAAUGCAGAAAUUGCUCAAACCUUGUGUUUUAAAUUUAACAUUGUCCAGGAUACAUUUUGUGUACCUCCAAAGUCCUAUUCAUUCCUUAUACCGCUACCUUUUCUAAAGGGUUGUGCUGCAAACUUUAUGAAGCACCCUUCUUAAUAUUACCAGAGACGUUCUUGAAGUGUUUGUGUCUCUUUACAACAUGUUCAAUGUAUCAAGUUGAUUUAAAAAGUAAAACAUUUUGGUGCUGCUUUUGACAAUCUUUUGUAUUUAUAGAGUAGAGCAUUUAAUUGUAUCUAACAGAUAUGACUAAUAACCUAAUCCUUCAUUCUAAUGUUAUGACAUUUGAAACUAUCUGCUUUAGUUUUGUUCAUGAGAACAGGUUUUCCUUUAUUUUUUGCACUACAUUUGUGUCAUGAAAUCUGAUGCUUUCCAAAAAGACACAGUCUUAGAAGUGCUGUUGAAGGUUGGUCAGGUUGUGCCCAACACCAGUGUUCAUUUACUGGGACUCUUUAUUAAAAAAAAAAAUGUCUUAGUGUAAGUGUUCCAAGUAACAUGGGCUAGGACAGCUCUUUGGUGGAUGACUUUGCCUGGCAAAAUGACUUGGCUUCCUCAUGCUAAGCUGACGAAGCCCUUGAGGUUUUAUUACUUAGUCUUUGGCAGGUACAACUUGAGCCCAUUGUAACUUACAAAGUUAUUCAAAACUUAAGCAGGUAGGAAACUAAUCAUUUGUUAAUACAUUUAAUACCUUUUGAUUAUUGCAUUUUGUGAAGCGGGACUUAACUUCUGAAAGUGUGGAUCUGGCCGUGUGUACAGUACUAGUUAAGCUGGAAGCCUUGUAGUAUGAUAUACGAAAUGGACAAUUCUCAGGAUUAUACCAAUACACAGUACUGUAUUUAAAUAGGUUUCGUUGUGAUAUACUGUAAAAUGUUUGCUGUUCUUGCACAGUUU